AGAAAUCAUUUUGUAAAACUUUAGGGGCUAUUUAAAAAUUAAUGUAAACUUGAAGGAUUAGAUACAAUAGUCCCAAAAAAGAAAGACUCUUGCAACACCUGACUCUCUACUUUCAACGCUCAAAGUGAGGUACUGAGAGGAUGCUGAUGCCAAUUAAUUCUCACUUCUAAAAAUUGGGUCUUUGCCUUCAAUUCUUCUCUUAUUCAUGCAAAGUUUGAUGCCAAAAUUGUGCUUUGUCUGAAAACUGAAAAAGCUGGUGUCGGUUCUUGCAAAAGUUGAAGUUUUUGUGUUCUGGGUUUUCGAUUAGGUGCACUAAGUUUUGAGUUUCUGGCAUAAAAAACGAUGAUAGGAUAUGGGUCUUAUGGUGGGAACGGUCAUGGAGGAGGAUCUUCAAAUUUAUCAGCUUUAGCUCCUCCUUUCACCGUCGACCGAUCCAUCCCAAAACCUGCAGCUACCCCACUUGUUGAUUUGGGUGAACCCUUGAAUUGGCUUGAUACUAAUCCAUACACUUUUAGUUCACCCCAACCUGCUCAACUCCCUCAGUUGGAUUUGGACCCAAUUACCACUCCUUCCUAUAACCAAAAUGUGGAUCUUUUUGAACCCAAAACCUAUUACCCUUCCUAUGUCUCACCUCCCCUUCAUGUGCCAACUUUCAAUGAGCAGAGCUUGUCUGGCCUCGACCAUACGGCUCAAUGGGGUGGUGGCUUGUGGGAUCGGGAGAAAGGGAAGCCGGCUCAGCUUGAUGGGAGUUUUUAUUCAAAGGAGACAAACAUGGCUCCUCCUUCCAUUUACACGGAUCAUAUCAACCUGGUUGCAGGAUCUCUUCCCUCCAAAAGCCUAAAGAUAUCUGAAGAAACUUCACAUAAUAUUUAUUCAUUAGGCAGGGAAAAGCAAGUGGGGCCUACUAGUAUAGAAAAGCUAGAUAACAACAAUGUCCUGGGGCAAAAUCUCUCAUUCAUGCCUGUGGAUUACUUGAAGACAUCAGUUAUUGGGUCCAGUUCAGCACUUCCUGAAACCAAUCUGCAGGUACCUCCCUUAAAUCUAGUAAAUUUCAAGAACAAUCAAGUCACAUUCAGCACUCCAUAUGAGAAACCUGUGAGAGAGCAUGGUAGUACACCAAGUGAUAGUAUACCUGCCAUGAAAUCUUCACCUGGGAUUGUUAUUAGACCUUCAGCUGGCAUCAAUGGAACUGAUAUAAAUUUGACUGGGAUCAAUCCGUCUAAUGUGAAGGAACCUCAUUAUUUGAACUUUGGUAGAAAAAAUAAGUUUGACCCUAGUCUACUCAGCUUUCACCUUCAUGGAAAUUGUUAUUUGUCUGGUGAAUCAUUUUCAACAAGGACUGAAAAAAAGUCAGCAACAAAUAUGGCCUCUAAUGAUGCCUCUGAUAAUUUGUUCAGAGAAAAAUCUGGAGUUAAUUUUUCUCAUAUGAAUCCAAAUAAUUUCAGUUUGGCUCUUGAUAAUAAUGAAACAGUCAUUGCUGUGGAGAAUACUUUAGAGAGUUUAGAUCAUUACAACCCUCCUGUUGACUCACCUUGCUGGAAAGGAGCUCCAGCUUCUAAUAACUCCCCAUUUGGAUCUUCUGAGACUGUUGCUGUGCAGGUUGUAAAGAAAAUUGAAGCAUGUGAUGUUUCAAAUGGUCAAGCACUUAAAUUUAUCCCUGGGCAUACUGCUAACGUGGUUAAACUUCCUUCAGGAAAACCAGGUGAAAUUUUGAUGACUGAUGAAAAUGGGGAUGUGGAAGAUGGUUCAGUCUCUUCCCUGAAAUUGUCUUCAGUCUCUAUCCCGUCAUUUAUAAUACAUCAACCUGAUGAUGCUACGAAAGCAGGAUCCUAUAACAAAAAAACAAGUCCUGCCUGUGAGAUCAAAUUCUCUGAUGAUGCAAGUGAACGGAAGAAAGAUUAUGUCUUAUUCAACCAUUCAAUGAAUGAGGUUGAGAAGGCAUCUUUCUCCAUUCAACAAAGUCUUGCCGAAGGUAGAUUGGCUUCUAAAAAUUUGCAUACAUCUGAGACUGGUGUCGCAGAUCUCGAGAAGAUAAAUGAUGUCUCUGCAGGCUGUGGUUCAUCAAAUAUGUCAUGCCAUGUGGUAAAAGAUCUCUCAUGUUCGCCAUCCUCUGUAGAAGAUGUUUCGGCUAGGUAUUCUAAAUUCUUUGGCAAAGAACCAGUUUCAAAUAGCAGCAUCAGUGUUCUAGUAGAUGCAAUGCAUAACCUGUCAGACUUGCUUCUAUAUCACUGCUGCAGUGAGAUGUGUGAAUUAAAGGAACAAGAUCUCAAGUCCCUUGAGAAAGUAAUCAACAACAUUAAUACAUGCAUGUCAAAAAAUAUUGGACAAGAAUCAUUUUUGAGUGAGCUUCCUGAGGGCACAAGCAUGGGAAGGGCCGAGGUGGAAGCUAUUGAUGUUCUGAGCCAGCAUGUACAGGAGAAAAGGAAGCAUUCUGGUAAGAAAGAUGAGAUAUAUUCUGAUUUCGUCAACAGUGGCACAGACUUAAAAGUAAAAAAUGAUAAGAUGACCCAGGCUAUAAAGACGGUUCUCAUUGAGAAUUUUCACGAGAAGGAAGAGGCACACCCACAAGUUCUCUUGUAUAAGAAUCUAUGGCUUGAGGCAGAAGCUGCUUUAUGUUCUAUCAAUUACAUGGCUCGCUUUAAUAACAUGAAGAUUGAAAUGGAAAAAUGCAAAUUGGACUCAGAAAAAGAUUUGUUAGAAGGCACACCAAAUGAGGACAAAAUAUCAAGACCUAAAUUGUCUGCUGAAGUGAACACCAAUAAGAAAUUAACAGCAGUAGCUGAGAGUGGACCAACCCCUGCUGUUUCUAACCAAAAUUCUCCUGUCAAAAGCUCCAGUAACCAUGUUGAUGAUGUCACAGCCAGAUUUCAUGUACUAAAGCACCGGCUUAACAAUUCAAAUUCUGUUCAUAGUAGAGAUGUGGAUGAACUCUGCAGCUCAAAGGUUUCUUUGGAUUUGGAUGAGGUUGAUGAAUUGGCAACUGAAGUAAAGGAUAGCUCAAUCCCAGGCCUGCCAUCCCAAGACUCCCCUGUACUAGGAACAGCCUGUCAUACAGUUGAUGUUGAAACCUCUGUCAUGGCUAGGUUCCAUAUCCUGAAAAAUCGAGGCAUUGAUGAUUUGGAUUCCAUUGAAAUGGAAAGAAAACAACCACCAGAGGUUGUUGAUCUUGGAUUUGCAGGAAAGAGAAAGAAAAUACCCAUUGAUAAAGACGCAGCAGAGAAUGGAAUUUCAGGUGUUAAUGUGGAAUCUGUUUCACUGCAUCAAGUGGCCAACCAUGAUGGACAACAGUUAGUUGUGAAGGAUUUUCAUCUGUGUGUCGUGCAUGACUCCACGAUGCAGUCUCCUGGUGGCACCAGGCUUGAUCAACUCUCUGCAGGUUGCUAUGACAGCUGUUCUUCUGACUGGGAACAUGUGUUGAAAGAGGAGCUUUCAGGACAGAACAGUUGACUGAAUUUGGUCGAUGCUAUUAUCCUAUGGUGAAUAAUAUCUCGUUUCCCUUGAAUAUCUGUAUAAAGUAUGUGGAACACUACUGUGAGUUGCUCAGAACAUGACUGCUCUUCAGCCUUGUAAAAAACUGCUAAAACUUAUUUUGAAUAAACCUUCUUAUGUA